CGUUAGUAACGAGAGAGAGCCCAUCCGCGACACAAGUGCCCAGCCUUUAGGAGCUGAAUAACCGCGCGCCGAAACUCGGUCAAUGGCAGCAACUUAGGAGCCACUUUUAUCCUUCCAUGGUGGCGGUGGCAGCAGCUCUGCCUGAUGGCUAUAGCCUUCUCUUAUCUGCUCUGUCCGGCUGAUUCCGAUGCUGGUGUGAUUUCCGAUUAUUCUGGAAUGGACGUGCUUUAACUAAACUGGAUCGGUAACGAUUGGGAAAAUUUUGCACCAUCAGAACCGGGAUCUGUGAUAGUGCAUUUCAUUUCUUCCAUUUCCGGAACACUGUUGAAGUAUUGUCGCGAUAAGUGGUGUAGGAAAAUUAGAAGCCCUUUCAGAAAGUUUGCAGUGAGUGCUUUUUUUCUUGUUUCUUUGCUCGAGUGGAAUCACAAGUGCUGGUAGGUCGAGAAGAAAAAUAAUCCUGCAGCAGCAGCAGUGGAAGCUCGGAUGGUGACAUAAUUCUGUGCAGUGCAUAGUGGGACGGCAUAGUAAAUAAACAACAAUUCCGGUGAAGAGAGCACCCGUUUACCCCGCGUAGAGGGUGUGUGUGUGCGAGAGAGAUAGAUAGAUAGAUAGAACGUGAGCUUAGAGGGAAACAUUUUUCUUCUGACAACCACCAGCUGGGGGCAGUGCUACCAAAGCUGAGAAAAGGCCUUGAGACUGUAAGUGAUUUAUGGUGUGCUUUCUGCUGCCAACAACCGCCGAGUGUGGGUGCGUGUGUAGGUGUAAGUAGAGACACGCUUUCACCGGCCGCCUAAUCGAUGACGGGAGAAGCAAUGACGUCACGUAUAUCAGCUGUCGGUGGUAACUCGGUCGCACCCCACCUUCAGCCACCGCACGCCAACCACCCGGUGCAGGCGCUGCGUACCGACGACAUCGAGGUACAGGUCAUCGAACAGGUCACCGAGCUGCAUUCCAACGAGCGAAAGAACACUGGAUACAAUACGACCGCUGGCAAACAAAGUGCCUCCAGGGUAGCUCUUCUGCCUCCACUUUCAGUCACAUCUACAUCGACCAGCUCGGGCGGGGCCGCACCAGCGUCGACAGCGACCAACGGCACUCGUCCUUCGUUGAAGAACCCCGUCGGUUGGGUUUGCUGCGCUCCGUGCAUAUGGCUGCGCAAAUCAUCGGCAGUUCACAAGAUGGCAAUUACGGCUGCCACCCUGCUGGUCACAACCCUACUCGUGGCAUCACCGAUUCUGUUUCUCAUCUCGGCGGCACCGUCUCAUCUACCGAAAGAUUGCUACGUUACCGACGAUCACGAUUGUCACCCGACACCGGCGCCUCCCCCCGAGUGUGCUGAUUCUAUCUGCCGGGCAGCGGCUAUAAGCAUACAGACACGAAUGAAUUGGGAGGUGGAUCCGUGCCAGGAAUUCAAGAACUAUAGUUGCUCUCCGUUGGAGGGUAAUAGUUUGCGGGCUGUUAAAAGUCCCCAGGAAACGGCAGAUGUUCAGAUGCAACAGUUGCUGUCACUCAACACCACCACUGGGCUAUUUCGAAAGCUAGGUCGACUGUACGGAAGCUGCCUGCGACAGACGCUAAACGAUUCCGCAAUUAGAAUGCACCUGGAUAAACUCGGUGGCUAUUUGCAAAUUGGCUCUGUGGGACCACACAGCAUAUCGCCGCUGAUAUCGAAAAUUCAAAACAUCGGUCCGAUGCCAAUCAUCGGUAUCUACUACGAUUUGAGCUAUGGUCGCAAACCACAAACGUUGCUAAUAAUUGACGGGCCAACGAUAUCCUCGCAGAUCCUAGAGAACCCGGUCCGGUGGCAGGGUCCUAGGGCAGCCCCGAAUGACGUCACCGUAGACGUACCAGAAUUGCUAGAGCCGUUAAUUAAUGUUUUUCUGCCGCCAGGGCUCAGCAGGGAUCAACGAGAGUCGGAGAAAAAUGUGAUAUUCGGCUUUGUUCGAAGCUUGAAUCAGAUCCGACGAGAUUACGUGCAGAACGACUUCACUAAUAGUUACGUUCUGAAUAAUGUAACGGCACUAAUCAGUACCCACCCAUUCUUACUGUGGCAAGAUUUACUGCCCGCCAACUGGUCUGGACCGAUCGUAAUACGAAGUCCAGCCUAUCUGGACCACCUGCGGAAGUUGUUUCUGGCCUACCAGAAUCGUGUUAUCCACAAUGCACUGUUGCUGCUGUUUGCGCUCAACACGCUACCACCGGGACGGCCCUCGCCGCUAAUUUGUGCCAAAGCAACCAACUGGGCACUGCCGGAGGUAUCGUCGGCUUUGUUCAUCGGUCAGUACAGCGAGGAAGUCAUAGCUCACGCCAUCCACCGGACGGAGGAAAUGUUUGAAAACAUGAAACAGCACCUGAAGCGUGCCCCAUCCCUGCGAGGUGCCGCACUGGUUCGUCUAUCACAGUUAAAGGUUCAGGCCAAGGUGUGGCCGACAUUAUUCAGUCGUGCUGAAAUCGCUUCCAUUCUGAAUCAGAUCGAAAUCAGUUCCGACAAUUGGUUCGAAAACGUGCUCAAAAUAUAUCAACUGAACAAUAACCGUUCCUCCGCCCGGAAUAUUUCGACCGAAUCCACACAUACCGCUUACGCCUACCCGCAGAUCGCCCGCAUCUUCUACGACACGCUGAGCCACUCGAUCGUUGUACCCCUGUCGGCCGUGCUAGUGCCAUACUUCAAUCCGGUCCUGCCACAAUACCUUCACUAUGCCACCCUCGGAACGGCACUGGCCAAGGAGAUUCUCCGCUCUAUCACGAAAGCGUUCGAGAGCAAGGUGAUGCAGUGCGUACCGAACUCGGUGGACGUUUUCUCCAACUCGAGCCGGAUGGAACUGCUGAUCUAUUCGGGCGGGAUGCAGAUUGCCUACCACUCGCUACUGUCGCUGUCCGGGCCGAUCAAGGGGAUGAACCGGUUGCCGGGUUUGAGCCUGACGCCACCGCAAAUCUUCUAUCUGCUGUCCGCACAGGAACUGUGCGCCGAGUCCGAGUACAGCGGGAUCGAUGUCAGUUCGAAUGAUUUCGACGAAAUAUUAACCUGGCUUAUCUCCCAGGGUGGAAGCGCCUCGGAUGUCUUUCAGUGUCACUCGAGUACGAUGCUCAGCUAUCAGAAGAACUGCGAUAUUUGGUAGAUGCAGACGCGGGCUGCGGUGCAAUAGUGGUCGACGGUAUAUGUGAGUGAUAUUAGAGGUUCCGAGAAUCCGCCCAACAGGCGCUUUAGGUUCGUUUGUUAUAUGGAAUUGUUGAGCAAAAGUAGGUAAUUUAGAGUAGUUAUUUGAGAAAAGUGGCAGUUCGGUUUGUAUAUAAAUGCGUAGUUUGAAAUGGAUCGAAAGAUUGCGAUGUUCGGCGGAAUACUUUAAAGGGAAAAGAUUAGUAUUUACAUUGUUCAGUUUGGCUGCCCAGCGCUCUAUGUUUCAAUCCCAUUUAGGAGGGUUACUUAUUAUUAGUAGAAUCGGCUAGAAUGUUUGUCGGAAUGGAAACGUCGUUUUUCUUUUCAAUACACUUGACAGAUCUUGAUUAGAAUGACACUGACGGAUGACUGAUUAAUGAAUAACAUGAGAUGUCGAGGUUUUAUUUAGAUUCAGUUCCGUUACGUAAAUCUUCUCAAAAAUAACUUAUGAAACAAGUGCGAGUGAAAAGCAAAACUAAAAAGUAUUUAAAAUCAAGUUAAAAGAACCUAUUUUUUGAGUAAUUUUAUUUUUCAGUAAUGUUUAAACUAUUGAUUGAGAUUAUUAGUAAUUAAUUUGAAAAAGUGUGUGAAUAAUCAGGGUUCCGGAAAAAUCAUUCGUAUGAUACAGUGCAUACUUUAUUAUUGUUGAGAUUGAAGCAGGCCAAUGACAAUGGAAAAGUUGUCUGAGCAGAUUUCGUUGACUUAAAACCAGCAUUUGAAACGAUUGAUUGCUGUAAACUGGCUUGUGUCGUGGAGAAAUAUACAAGGUACAACCGCGCUACAUCAACGGAAACCGAAAUCAACCUUAGUGUACCACAGAGUAGUGUACUAGGUUCACUUUUGUUUAUCCUAUACAUUAAUAACACGAGGAAAAUUUUGGAAAAUGCGGUAUUGAACCUGUUAGUCGAUGACACAGUUUUGUUUAUCAUCGCCAUUGGUUGGUUGAAGUGACAAAACUCAAACUGAACGUUUCCAAGACACACUAUAUGUUUGUAACUAUGCGACAGGUGAAUGAAAGUACUGCACCAAAUGAAAUAGGUUGAAGAGAUGGUUGAACGAGUUGCAACUAUUAAACAUCUUGGGGUGACAUUGUACGAAAAACUGAGUUUUAAUAAGUACGGGAGCUAUACCAUCCGCAAAGCUGCCAGAAAAUUUGGCAUUCUUUGAAUAAUAAGUUUCUCACAUUUGACUCAAAGACAACUGUUUCCAAGCUAAUUUUAGCCCCUCGUUUUGAUUGCUGUGCUUCUAUACUGUUCUUAAGAUACAAGAAACAUGGAUUCCCGACCCAUUUUUUUUUGCAUUGGGAUUAGAUAAGUUCCUAACCCGAAAAAGAGUCGAAUUACGAGACAUAGCCAAACUGAACAAUGUAAAUGAUGACAGGAAAUUGAUUCGAUAAUGCACACGACAGUGAAUUGUUUCCCACCUAUUUUUACUUGUGUUAAAGUGCAUCUAACUAUGCAAUGUAUUAAAUUAGCAGUAAAAACCAUUUUUUAUCGUAUUCAGUAUAUUUGAAACCGAAACAAAAAAUCAUUUCAACAGUUUCCUAGUCAAUUAAACUAUUAGGUUGGUUUCGAUCGUACGAUCCUAAAUAGAAAUGUUUUAUGAUAGAAACAUUACUUCACGAACGGAAGAUGCCGCUAGGUACACUGUUGUAGGAAGCCUAUUUCAGUAAUUUUAACUGUGACAAUAUAGUAUUUUAAAUGGAAAACCAUUAUAGUUACUUGUUUACGCCAUUAGAAAAUGUUGAUAGGAAUUCCCGAAUCGGAGAAGGCAACUUAAACUCUAUUAUAGUAUAAUAUCGGUGAGGGUGCGCUGUUUACCAGCCAGUAUUAGCUAGGCUAGUUGAGUAUGUUGGCAAGCGUCGGCUAAUUUUAACAACGGAACUGAGAUCUGUAAUAAAGAAAUGAACUCGUCCUUAGAAACAUAGGGGGUCGCAAUCGUAGCGGUUAAAAGAAAAAUGUCAAAUUGUUGUAGUGACAGGUAAAAAAAACUAGCUGAAAAAAGUGAUCGAUUUAAAACUAAACAGUAUUGCUGUUCCGUAUAUGAUCAUUUUUUUUUUUCCAAAUACAAGUUAUUUAACAUGGAAUUGGCUAGAGUGUAAGUAAUAAUAGUAGUAGAUAUAGUUAUAGCAAAGAUCGAAUCUCGAAAAAGUGUCCCUUAAGUAAGCUGUAGUAGGAUUUUGACCGGUACGCGAGUCCACAAACGAGAACCAAUUAGCGAUACUAAAGUCGAAUUCAAAUAUCCGUUUAGAACCCGUAGUAGGAGAGUUCAGACGUAGUCGAAAUCAAAUUUUAGAUGAGAAUCGUAAUUUACCACAAAACAGUUUACCCCGAAAUUUAGUGAGAAUAGACUGUAAGAGGGCCGCUAGGGAGCCAAUUUGUUAGUGUUGAUUAAAGUUAGGCGGAAUCUGAGUAAUAACUUGAAACGAGACAGAACAGCUUCUGAGAUCAAUUCGGUAGAAUAAAAAUCAAAUGUAGUGCCAAAACAUUACACGGCAACACAGUGAAUAUGGGUGAGCAUAGCGAACACAAUCGAGGAGUGGUAUAAAAUUAUUAUUUGAAAAGAGGUGAUCGAUGAGUGUUUAGAAUUUUCCACUACCUGAACUCCGAUCUAGCGAUUGUAGGAUUGAACGAUAGCAAUAUAUUCCCGGAAUGAA